CUUUAAUUAAGUUUGUUUGAACCCAAAAGCCCAAACGAAAACCUGAUUGAUUUCUGCUGUCGACUCCAUUUUGAGGUCAUUUAAAUAGCUGCUAUGGAGCUUGACGACUUCUCUUGUUAUUUGGUGUUCGCUAAUGUCUGGUGAUUUUUGUUCGAGGGAUGACCAAUAUCUAAUAUCGAAGGGCUUUGGCAUGUGGUGCAAAAGGAGAAAGCUAAUGGAGGAGGCCCAUGGCAUGGUUAUUGGGUUAUGUAGCAUUCCUUUCUCUACUGACUGUUAUUCCAGGUAUGAGACUAGCUUUCCCACAUGCAAAGAUAAUUCAUACAGUCUAAUCUAUUUGUUUUCCAUUUAUUUCUCAGUGCUUGUUAGAAAGUGUGUCAAUCAGUUCUAUACUCUGCUCUUAGAGUUGACUUCAAUACAGAUUCUUCUAAUAAAAUGUUUUAGGAUACAGUAUAGGAAACCAAAUGAAAAAAAAAAAAGAGUUAUUGUGGCAUUUAUAAUCCAUUUAUAUAUCUAA